CCUGUGCUUUUCUGACAACCAAUCAAAUCCACGGGAAAGUGAGGCUGAUUCAACAACGAAAGAAAUGUUGCUACAAGCACACGUGGGCAGUUGAAAAACCUAUAAAAACAGGUUAAAUCACGGAAAGCACCUCCACCACAACACAGCCAGCUUGGCUAAUUAAAAAGCGUGAAAAUGUGUGGAAUCUGGGCCCUUUUUGGCUACGAUCACAGUGUGUCGUCAGAAAUACAUCAUGCAUUAUUGGUGGCCCAUCGCGGUCCCGACUUCUUUCGCUUGGAAACAAUCCCACACAUUAAUCAUUGCUGUUUGGCAUUCCAUCGAUUGUCAAUCGUUGAUGACCUCUAUGGACAGCAGCCAAUCAGAAUCCACAAUCUGCCGCACAUUCACAUGAUUUACAAUGGCGAAAUAUACAACUUCAAAGAGCUGGGCAAACAAUUCGGGUUUGACUUCGAAACAAGGGUCGAUGGUGAGGUUAUAAUUCAUCUCUACCACAAAUUUGGGGCGAAGAAGACUGCCCAACUUUUGGACGGAGUAUUCGCAUUCUGUAUUGUUGACGCAGAGAAAAAUCAAGUUCAUAUAGGCCGCGAUACGUUCGGUGUCAGGCCUAUGUACAGAAUCCUGACGUCAUCUGGUCAGAUGGGUAUUGCAUCGGAAGCUAAAGGACUAAUCGGAUUAGUCAAUGAUGAUGGUACUCAGGCAGAACUGAAGCAGUUCCCCCCUGCUAGCUUCGCUUCGUAUAAGCUGGAUCCUAAGGAUGGGCGGGUACAGCUCCUUGAUAGUGGACUCUACACUGACGUAGAGACACCACAAGUUUUCAAUAUCCCUGUCAAUGUGGGUGAGGACAUCAAAGAAAACAUAAGGGCCUUAUUGAGUGAUGCUGUUCGAAAGCGGCUAAUGGCAGAACGGAGGAUUGGCUGUUUGCUGUCAGGUGGUCUGGACUCUAGCCUAAUCGCUGCAUUGGUUGUGAAGAUUGCGAAGGAGCAGGGCGUUGAAUAUCCGAUUCAAACGUUUUCAACUGGAAUGCAAGGGAGCACAGAUCUUGCUGCUGCAAAGAAGGUCGCUGACCGACUUGGCACAGAACACCAUGAAGUCAUCUUUAGCCCGGAAGAUGGAUUCAAUGCCCUAAAGUCCGUUAUUUGGUCGCUUGAAUCUUAUGAUAUUACGACCGUUCGCGCCUCUGUUGGUAUGUAUCUGGUGAGUAAGUACAUACGUGAGAAUACAGACACUGUCGUCUUGUUCUCAGGUGAGGGAUCCGAUGAACUUGCCCAGGGCUACAUUUACUUUCACAAAGCACCUUCCCCUGAAGAAGCUGACGAGGAAUCGAAACGGUUGCUGCGGGAACUCUAUCUCUAUGACAACCUGCGUGCAGACCGAACGACCGCUGCGCAUGGCUUGGAGCUGCGCGUUCCAUUCUUAGACAAGGCAUUCACUGCCUACUAUCUUUCAAUCCCUCCCAAGAUGAGGCAGCCCCAAAAGGGAAUUGAGAAAUACCUAUUAAGGUCAGCAUUUGAUGGACAUUUGACUGAAUAUCUACCCGACGAGAUUCUGUGGCGUGCCAAGGAAGCAUUCAGCGAUGGAGUAUCAUCAUUGGAGAAACCCUGGUACACAAUGCUGAAAGAGUAUUGUGCCAGUCAGCUGCAACCCGAUGAGCUGGAAAAAAGCAAAGCCAAAUAUCCUGUCAACACGCCACAAACCGAGGAGGCCUAUUUCUACAGAAAGGUGUUUGAGAACAAUUUUCCAGAUCAAUCUGGUUUUACUCCGUACUUCUGGAUGCCAAAGUGGAUCAGCGGAGCGUCAGACCCGUCUGCGAGGACACUGAAACAUUUCCAUGCAUAGUCGAAAAUUAGGCAUUUACCUGCAGAAAAACGACUAUUUUUAAUUAACAAUUAAUCGAUACUGUAACAAGUAGAAAUUUCAAAAUAUUUUGACUAAAUGGCAUUUUAGAGACUGUUGGGAAGUUAUUAAUCAAAGUUAACUAGGGAUUAGGCUGUUCAGAACUUGAUUUGAGCAAAAUUUAUGCGUUUAUUUCAAUAGGCUACACAAUAACAUCCAGCGCUUAAUACUUAAAGGGCCUCUCCAGCCAAAAAAAAAUUUUUUUUUUAUUGACUAAAAAGUUAGCAUCUGGUGCGUGUAUUAUGGCAAAGUCGUUGUUUUUGCAAAGUUUCAAUUAGUUUAGAAGUUAUAAGGCUUUAAAGUUGCACCUUUCCGAGAAAAAAACGACAGAAGCCGAAUCAGUUUUGUGACAUUCUGACGUCACAGUGUGCGGCUCUCGUUCGUCAUGAAUUUCGUAUAUCUUCCACCGAAUCGUGAAGGAGUCAUGGUCACGCGUUGAUAACUGCAUCUAAAUCUACAGCAGGUGCUUUUUAGGAUCGAAAAAUAUUAAAUGUUUACAAUUAUUCUAAGUUUGCGGGUCGGAAUGUGUCCAUGCUGUGUGACGACUUUGUUUUGAUCACCUGUGUAGGCCUACAAAGCUACGGCUUCCUGUUCCAGCUCUUCCCUCGCGUAUAAUUAAUCGAAAUUGACACUUCAAGUUGUUUUCCAGAAACGAUGAACAACUAAAGGCUUCAGAAUUGAUAUCUGAAAUGCUCAAACUAAAAGCCGGUGGAACAGAACUGAGAGCACCAACAAUUGCAGUGUUCAAUUUGCGAAUCGCCGACGUUCGAUUCGGUUUGAGGCGAGACUAACGAAAUACACUGUGACGUCAAAAUUGCGUCACAGUGUUACCAAACCGAAAAUAUUUUGUCGGUUAAUUCAAUUCAAUUAUCGAAAUGCAAGAGCUUAUAUCUCACAAACUGUACAAAAUAUCGAAAAACAAAUAACGAAUUCGUGAUCAGCAGGUUCACCUCCUUUAGAUUAGCCAAUAAAAUGCAAUUGCAAAUUUUGGCUGGAGAGGCCCUUUAAGUGGAAUAAAAGUAACCAUGAAAAUGUUUACAACAGUGAAGGAUAAUAAUCUUAGUAAGGGGAAUCUUGCAAAUUGUUAUUGGUAGAGGCGUCUCUUUUUAGUAAGUACAUUUUAAAAUAGUUUUGUUAACUUAGAAGUAUGCUUGUUCAAUUUGCUUAUUUAUUGUCUUUCUUUUUGCUUAUUUAA